AUGGCGGAAUUCGACGACGUUCAAAACAACCAAGGAGGAAGUAAAGACAGGGAACACGAUGUCAUGCAGGCAGCACCUCGGAAGGCCAAGCUACUCUCAGGCCCUCCCUCUCUUCGGGGCCUAUGUGCACGUUGGCUCUCGAGAACGCCCUCCAAGGUUGUCGAAACUGUCGAGCCCGCAGAGAAGUCGCACAAGCAGCAAGAUGAGCAGCAUUGUCGACGGUCGUCGCACAACGAAGACCUGUUCGAGGAUUGCGAGACGACGCUGAACGGGUUGACGUCCAGGAACCCGCACUGUUUCCUGGAGCUGACGGCCAAAGGGAAGCCCCUGGGCCGACUCGAGAUCGAACUGCGGGCCGAUUUGGUGCCUAGGACGGCCGAGAACUUCCGGCUCCUCUGCACGGGAGAGAAGGGCUUCGGCUACAAGGGCAGCACGUUCCACAGGAUCGUCAAGGACUUCGUCUGCCAGGGCGGCGCGUUCGAAACGUCCACGGGCAAGAAGUGCGGGCGAUCCGCGUACGAGCAGCGGUUCUUCGAGGACGAGAACUUCGCGCUGAAGCAUACGGGACGCGGCCUGCUUUCCAUGGCCAACCUGGGGCCCAACAGGAACGGCUCGCAGUUCUUCAUCAUGCUCGCCAAGCAAGUCGCCUCGUUAUACGGAGCGCAGAUGGGGCGCCUGUGCCUUAUUGUGGGCUGUUUGCUUUUCAGGGCGCCGUUCAUGGACAACAGGCACGUGGUGUUCGGCAGGAUCACCAAGGGCAUGAACGUGGUCAAGACCAUGGCCUCCUACGGGACCAUCAGCGGCAAGCCAACGACCGAGGUGGUGAUCGCCAACUGCGGAAGCCUCUGA